CGACAGACCUUCCCGAGUCCUGGUCCUCACCUACCAGCUACCGAGCGCACGAGCAACUGAGCAAGCAGCCUUUGAAUGGCCCGCGACGGCGGCGGAGGCGGCUCGCCGGGCGCGGAGCGGCGGCGAGUGGCGCUGCGUGCCCUCCUCGCCGGUGGAGAGGCGUCCUCGUCCGCGGCGGAGGUGGAGGCCGCGAGGACGCCGAGCAAGGGGCUGCUGCGCGGGCUCCGGUGCACGUCGGCGGCGGCGUCGCAGGCCAUCGCGCCGGCUGCCGCGGUGGACGCCGCGCGGCCUUCGGCGGACUGGCGCGGGCUUGGGUGCGCCGCGGUGGCGGCGUCGCAGGCCCACGCGCCGGCCGCCGCGGUGGACGCCGCGCGGCGCUCCGAGGAGAGGCGCGGGAGGCGGCGGAGGAGCGGGAGGGAGAGGCGGAAGGCGAGGGGCGCGGGAAGCGGCGGCGGCAGCGGCGUCAGUGGUGGCGGUGGCGGGAUGGGCGGGGACGUCUGGUGCACUCCGGGGAUACCGUUCGCCGCCGAGGCCUCGUCGGUAGACUGCGUUGUGGCGCCGCACCAGCCGGCGAGUGCGCGCCGCCGCACCGAUGCCGAGAGGCCGCGCAGAGAGAGGCCUGGCGCGCCUCCGUCUCGGAGGAUCACCAUGCGGGAACACAUGUCCUCGUCUCCCAUGAAUUCGCCGCCACACCAUGACAUGCUGAUCAUUGAUGCCGACCGUGCACCUUCCGGCCGAAACCGACAUACGAGUGGGCGCCGGCACUCUCACGCACGGCUCGAGGAAGAGAUGAUGAUGUUCAGAACAAGGAUAUUACUGGGAAGAAUGGGUAUGUAUGAUCAGUAUCAGGAUUGGCGCCUCGAUGUUGAUAACAUGACAUAUGAGGAACUGCUUGAUCUGGAGGACCGAAUUGGAUACGUAAGUACAGGGCUGCGUGAGGAUGAGAUCACUCGAAGCCUUAGGAUGGUCAAAUACUCAGCGUUCAACCCCAAGCAUUUUUCGACAGAAAUGGAUAGGAGAUGUAGCAUUUGCCAAGAAGAGUUUGAAGCAAAUGAAGAAACUGGGAAGCUGAGUUGUCGCCACAGCUAUCAUGUGCAUUGCAUUAAGCAGUGGCUUUCUCAAAAGAACGCUUGCCCUGUUUGCAAGACCACUGUCUCAAAGACCUGAAGUCCUAGUCUAGACCACACUUUAUUUAUCGAGUAAUUGAAUUAAAAUGUAAAGGAUUAGUUUUCUUUUGUUGCUGCACAGCCCUCUGCAUACACGCUCGAAGCACAGGAUCCAAGAGUUUUUAUUUGCAUAUAGAAUUACAAGUUCUUUUUUUUCCAAAGGGUUAUUGAGUACUCCAUCUAAUACUGGUUCAAUGCGUCUGCUGUUGAGAAAGUUGUUGUACCUGCUGUGUUA